CAAUUAGCUUGGCGGGCACAGGCGGCGAUAGUCAUUGUUCUGAAGUUUGACGUUGUUCUGACAUUCUGUGUAUUGACCAGGAAGCGCCGUGGUUGUCAUGCAAUAAGAAUGAGUUCAAACGUUCCCAUCCUUCUUGUCUAAUCACUUAUCAGAAACCGUGGCGGCUGCGCCGCAAGCUCUUGAAUCUUUCACAGUCGUAUCCUAACACUCGUUUGACUCAUGGUGUCACUGACAAUGCUCGUGCACUUUCCGCUCAUUGUACUUUCUUUUACCGCUCUUUCCCUAGCUUCCCCUUUGAGGUCUAUACCCCACAGACACCGCCAAUUUUCACGCAAUUGUGCUCCACCUGCCCUCAAUUCGUCUGCUGUACCAUCGUCCAGCAUGACCCCUACUUCUUAUGUUUCUGCAAAUACAGCGUUGGCUUCUGUACCUGCCCUCAAUUCGUCUGCUGUACCAUCGUCCAGCAUGACGCCUUCUUCUUCUUCUGCGACUACAACAAUUACUUACCAGGUGCCCACCGGGACAAGUUCUCCUCCUGUGUCAUCGAAAACGGCUUCUGCAACUACAACGACGAUUUCCCAGGCGCCCACCGGGACAGCCUCUCCUUCUGUAUCAUCGAAAUAUGUUAUUGCCCACUUCAUGGUCGGAAAUUCAUACCCCUUUACCGUGGACAAUUGGCUCGCGGACAUCUUUCUUGCACAUUCCAGUGGAAUCGACGGCUUUGCUUUGAAUGUAGGAGUGGAUGAUUGGCAGCCUUCACAGGUGGCCAACGCUUACCAAGCAGCUCUCCAGUCUGGAACUGGCUUCAAGCUUUUCAUGUCCUUUGAUAUGACUUCUUUGCCCUGUAGCACAGCUGCCGACGCUGCAACUCUUCGUACUUAUAUAACUACCUAUGCCACGCACCCCAAUCAGCUACUUUACAAUGGUCGCGUUAUGGCCUCAACUUUCUCUGGCGAAACUUGCACUUUUGGGCAGGGAUCUGUCGCUUCUGGAUGGUCGACUCAAUUCGUGCAACAGUUGACAGGAUCAUCCGCAGUUCAUUUUGUACCAUCAUUUUUCGUCGAUCCAUCACAGUUCAAUACCUACAGUGGGGUAAUAGGUGGCAUGUUCAACUGGAAUUCCGGAUGGCCAAUUCAAGUCACUACUUCAUUUGUAUCGUCUGUACCUGGUUUGCUUGGAGACAUCGCUAGUGGUCUAUCUUCCGCCGUCAGCUCUGCAUUGUCUAAUCUCAUCGGGUCAACAACACCGGACGAUACAUACAUCUCGAGUUUGGCUGCAAUGGGUGGCGGUCUAACAUACAUGGCAGCUGUGUCUCCGUGGUUUUUCACCCAUUAUGGCCCGUCGUCUUAUAACAAAAAUUGGAUUUACCUCAGCGAUGAUCACUUGUAUGCUAGUCGGUGGGAGUCGUUGAUCAAGAUCCGCGACCAGGUAGAUCUCGUACAAGUCAUCUCCUGGAAUGAUUACGGAGAGUCGCAUUAUAUCGGUCCGAUAGAGGGAGAGCAACCCAUGAGUCAAGCAUGGGUUGAUGGCAAUGAUCACACUGGCUGGCUCAAUCUGACAUCCUAUUACGCCUCAGCCUUCAAGACAGGAACAUACCCCACUCCGACUAAAGACCAGCUCAUAAUGUGGUCACGUCCACAUUCUGCCGCGGCUUCUGCAUCAAGUGACCCGGUUGGAAGACCAACCAAUUACCAGAUUACUCAAGACAAAGUUUGGGCCGUAGUCCUGGCGACCUCCCCUGCUACAGUCGAGCUCUCGACCUCGUCUACUCAAUCACAAAUUUUUAACGUCCCUGCCGGCGUUUCGAAGUUAGCUGUAUCCAUCCAACCCGGCGGGACCAUGCACGGCACACUAACCCGAGGAGGGCAGACCGUUAUUGACCUACAGUCAACAAGCUUCACGUUUGAAGCUGAGCCAACGACAUAUAACUUCAAUGCCCACGUUGUUGCCUCCUCUUAGUCUCAUGUUCGGCAUUCGCGAUUCUUGACAUAUUUUGGG